AAGCGAAGCAUGUACUGUAGCAGUCCAGCUUCAAAGAAUGCUUCAAAGUUUACAGUCUGUGUUAGCCCUCCUAGGCACUAUCACGAUGCAAGUUAAACCACACCCAACUAUUUUGUGCACAAGUGACUAAUUAUACAUGUGACUUGAAACAAUCGCUUGUCCUGUAGAGGCAAAGUGACAUUAUAAUGGAAAACUGUCACAACCAAAUGCAAGCAACGGUAAAAGAGUAUUUGCCUUCAGGUUAUGUUUGUCAAUCAGUGAUUUCCAUCCUGACACUUGGAACCCAGCUUGGUCUGUCUCAACAAUACUCACAGGAUUACUUAGUUUUAUGGUAAGAUUCACAAAAUAUCGGGCAUGCAAAUGGACCAUUUGCAUUAUAGACUAAAUUUUGAUCUAGACAAGUCUAGACAAAAAUUUCAUCACAGCUUCAAAGAGCAUCACAAAAUUAGUAAUAUUCCAAAGUUUCGUUGCGAAAUGUUGUAAUGCAGAUAAUACUGUAUACCCUGCAAAGUUUGCCAUUUUUCAGUCAUUUUGUAUUAUGCAAGGGAAAUUGACAGCCCAAUCGGGUGUUGGGGCAUCAAUUUCCCGUUUGUAAUACAAAAUGACUGAAAAAUAUUGCAAAUUUCGCAAGGCUAUAUUAUCUGCAUUUUACAACAUUUCGCAACGAAACUUUGGAAUAUUACUAAUUUUGUGAUGCUCUUUCAAGUUGUGAUGAAAUUUUUGUCUAGACCAAAAUUUAGUCUAUAAUGCAAAUGGUCCAUUUAGGUUGCCAACAUAUUUUCUCUGGUGGGAAUUAGUAGGAAAUAACCUGGAAACAGGGAUGUGUUAACUGGCAACAAUUCUAGUUAACUGCCAUUUAAUUAUAAAUAACUGAACUUUGUCUAAUGCAGGUUGAAACAUCACCAACACUAGGAAGUAUUGAAACACAUGAAUAUCAGGUAUAAUUUAUUCCACUUGUAUGCUGAGAACAGAAUUAAAUUUGUAAUAAUGUAUUUAAAAUAUUUCUGGUAAUUUUUUAGAAAAAGCAACUAGCAUUAAAUAGUGGCGAAUUUAAUAUAAAAAAUGAAAUUUUUUGUGAAUUAUUUCCUGAAAUAUGCGAGGUAAGAUCUCAGUGAUAUAAUUGUGACAAAAUAUAAUAAUCAUCUGAUAUAAUUGUGACAAAAAAUAAUUAUUACAAUAAAUUAAUAAACAUGACUUUUGAUAUUUGCAAGGAGAUCAAAAUAAAACUUAAAGAAAGAGGUGAACACGAAGUUCAACAAACAAUCCCAAACACAACAUCCAGUGGUCAUGAAGAGAAUGAAGGCCUUGUUGGAAGUACUAUUGCUAACUUAGUUGUAAUUGUAGGCUUUGCAGCUUUUGCAUAUACUGUGAAAUGCGUGAUUCGUGCUGUUGGCAGCAGUUAGACAGGAACCUUUGUAUAGGAAUCAUAGUUAGGUCAAAUAUACAGUAUAAACCUUUACCAUAGGUGUGGCCCAUCAGGAUACCAAGAGAUUUUCCUGUCCUCAAAAUAUGCUUUUUGUCCUAACAUACUAUUAAAAUUAAAUGCUAUUGAAAGUAGGAUUUACCUUUUUACUCUCUUGAAAAUUAAAACCAUCACAAUAAUUAUAAAUUAAAACAUUGAAAUUUACAAUUGUACAUUGAGUGUUAGGAGACUACCCUAACAUACUUACCCUGAGAGCAGGGCCUGAUUUCCCCUGAGAAAGGAAAAUCAGGCUUUGCUGUCAGGUAUAACAUACUUCAUGUAAAAUUGAUUUUUUUUAUGUUGGAUGGAAAUGAUGUAAAUAAACUAAUUGUUGUGUCUGUAAAUCUUCUCGGCAUAGAGGGCAUUCUGCCUAUAGGAACAAAAAAAUAUAUAUAUCGUUAUAAGACAUGGAUAUUAUCUAGUAUUUCAGUACAUAGGGACUUUAAUGUACAUGAUUUAAUAAAGAGCACACAUUCAUUUCACUAUUCUCUA